AUACGAUGGGCUCUGCACGUUGUCACUCCCCGGUUUCAUCCGAGACGGACACCGAAUUCCGCGAAACCCUAGCAGCGCCGAAGAAGGGAAGGGCGCGCAGGCGGCGCAGCCAUGGCGAAGAACCGGAACAAGAAGAACAAGGCCAAGAAGGGAGGCGGCGGCGUCGCCACCAUGGACACCUCCGAGGGUGGCCCAGUCGCCUCCACACCCGCGGAAGCUCCGCAACCCAUGGAUACAUCCGAGGGGAAGCAGCCAUCGUCGACAUCGACGGUGCUCGGUUCCAUCAACAAUCUGUUAUGUGUCUCGUUGACCAGGAAAAUAAAAAAAGGAGUACAGAUGAAAAGGUCACAGAACGCGAGGAAAAUAAAAGCAAUCGCUCGGGCUGUAUCAAAGAAUGAACAGUCCGAGGAGAAGAUUCAGAAGGCAAAAAGCAAGAAGACAAGGAUUCAGUCUGCCAAGUCUCUGUAUGAUUGAGAGAUUUAGUAGUUGCAGAAUUUUGUGUACCCAAGUAAUUCUAUCUUGUAGAGCAAUCAAAACUGUGUUUCGGGAAGGGAAAAAUAUGCACUUGAAUCUUUAGCCAGCAAAGGUUGUUGUGAUGUGAGCUUCUUAACAUAACCUCUGGAACUGUAUGUGCCAUGCUGCCCGGCGGCAGUACCUUAUCAGGUUUGAUAGUUGUGUUGCAUUCUUUGAUAUUGAAUUUAGUGUCAUUUGACGAA